AUGCACGACGGGUCGCAGCAAGAUGCGUCCCACGGAGCGACUGCAAUGAACAGUGGUGUGGUUCCGGAUGGCCAGUGGAGGGUGGAUGAAAAUAUCAUUAUCCGAGAGAUACUUGCAAUGAAUACACUUGCCAUGCAGAGGUGCGAUACGGGGGCACUCGAUGAAUCAAGUAGUAUUCUUACUGAUGCCUACAUGAAACUGCACAACGAUACAUCAACCGGUGAAUCCCAGGGGUUAGACGCGGUACGUGCAACGACACUCAACAACCUUGGUGUUGUUGAAUGCCACCGCGGGCAGCAUCGACAGGCGCUAAGUCAUUUCGAAGCCGCACGGCAGUUGGAGGAGGCGUGGAGUGCCGCCUCCCCUUCCGUGGCUUUGAACAGCUGUGCUGCAUAUAAUGCACUUGGAAUGUAUGACAAAGCCACGGCUGCUGCAAUGGAAACUAUCAAUAUGUUGCGCAGGUUGUUUGCCCAACAAGAGUUUCAGGGAUCGCCUACCGGUGAAGUUGCUUCUACCCCCGGUGGAAGCUGUGGCGCACAACCUCAGAGCGAUGGGAUGAAUGUUGCCAGUUCCGACAACGCAGCACUGUGGGGUGCCGCCUGGCACAAUUUGGCGGUUGCGCAAAUCAACACGGCAAAGAGCAGCACUGAUCUGAGUGAGUACACCAAUGCUGCGGCUCUGUUCCAGAAUGCUAUGCGUGCGACGCAAGAGUUGUUAGGGUAUGACCAUCCGAUGACAAAGAGUGUGACGGAGACAUACCGUGCGGUACGCAACGCGCUACGGACGCACGGCGUUUAUAAACAACACCACACUCUCUUUACGGCACCUUUGAGGCCUGCGGACCCGCGUGAUGAGGCGGAUGAUAUGGAGCAGUAUUUCAAGCAAUGUGGCAUCAAGUCGAGGAGACGGGCUUUGGAAAAGUAUUACCGCGAUUUGACCAUCACGUUCUGUGGUGCUGUGACGAAUGGAGUGAAACUGACUGAGCGGCUCGAUCCCACUCCGUACCCCCUGGCAAAAGAUGUGUCAUUUCGCAGGAGUGGUCAAAAGGAUUCACUGCGAAUGUUGCGAGCAAUACCGACGGGGAGCACUAUUGAGAAAGCAUGUCACCUGUACGGUAAUCCACAUCCUUUGCUAUUUUCGUUACCGCCUGAGUACCGUGCAAGUGAGGUGGGGACUGCAAAGAGUAUCCCAAAAGCUGCAUCAGCUAAUUCUUUUGCAAAAGUGCCUAUGAAACCCAAUGCUCUCGCAAGCUCCAGAAGACCACAACCGAAGCGUGAGCAGAUAUUUAACGAGGGGCAAAGGAGAAUGCAAAUUCAGUCGAAUAUGCCAAAGCAGCAGCAGCGCCAAAUCGGUCCGCCAUCGACUGUGGUGAACUAUUCACGCGCACUACAGGAAACCCCGGGAGCUGCGCCAACUAUUCCUCAGAUUACCCCUCUGAGUUACAAAGCGAGCAUCGAUGAGCACUGGCAACCACCAGUUAAUCAAACUCCGGCACCUGUGAAUUACAACUGGUCCGUUCAACAGCAGGCACCAAAUACUGUCCCAACGGCUCCGCUUGUUUACCAGCAGGCAUCAGUUAAUCAAACUCCGGCACCUGUGAAUCACAACUGGUCCGUUCAACAGCAGGCACCAAAUACUGUCCCAACUGCUCCGCUUGUUUACCAACAGACGCCAGUUAAUCAGGGUCAAGCACCUUUGAAUCACAACUGGUCCGCUCAACAGCAGGCACCAAACGUUGUUCCAACGGCUCCGCUUGUUUACCAGCAGGCAUCAGUUAAUCAAACUCCGGCGCCUGUGAAUCACAACUGGUCCGUUCAACAGCAGGCACCAAACACUGUUCCAACUGCUCCGCUUGUUUACCAGCAGGCACCAGUUGAUCAAACUCCGGCGCCUGUGAAUUACAACUGGUCCGCUCAACAGCAGGCACCAAAUACUGUUCCAACUGCUCCACUUGUUUACCAACAGGCACCAGUUAGUCAGGGUCAAGCGCCUGCCGUGGCCAGUCAACCCCCCCUGAACCAGAUGCCGAACGUUUCUCAAGGAGAAUCAUUUGAUCACCAGCAAGGGAUGAGUGGACGACAGGAACCUUUGCGCCAGCAAGAACAGCAGAUGCUGGCCUCAUGCCGCCGGCAAGCUCCCGCUGACCUUGGCCAGGGAGCUGCAGCCGACCACCGUUCGCAUCAGGAGUCGGUCUCUAAUAAUACCCUGGUAGUUGGUGGACAGGAAGAAAAAAAGAAGAAGGACCAUGUGCAACCUGUUCCCGCUGCACCCGCGGCUGUUCCUGCUGGGCCCGCGGUCGGUGAGGCUUCGAAGCCUGCAGCGGCGGUUCGAGGGCCCCUUCCACCCCUGAAAUCACCACCAGGUGGUCGUGUGAUAGCAAAGGCUGAGACAUCCGAUGGAGUUGAGGGAAUCGUUAGUGCGCCACGCAAAGCUUCGUCCGGAGGGCAAACAGCGACAUAUGAUGCACGGAGAGCCUACGAGCAAAUAAAGUACAUUCUACUGGCCGACCCACCGGCCGAGGCUUCCCGGAGAAAAUCUAAGCAAGACCGUAGCAAAAAGGAUUCUGUGCCUGCAAAUGUGCCCCAACAGGAAUGUGGCCCCUGGACCGAUAACGCAGCACCCGCAGCCGGGGAGUCACCAACGGAGCAUAAGCCUCACCGUCUAUUUGAUGCUUUAUGGGUUUCGGGCGGGGGCCCAGCUGACCAGGCCCCGCUGCGCGUAGUUGGGAAGCCCAGCUACUUUGUGUCAUCCGUCCUUGACAUGCGCCAGGGUCAGGCGGAAUUCCCUGAGGAGGUGAUGCAGAUGGUGGCGGAAAAUAGUCGUUCCUCUUGUUCCGAUGUGGAGGAAAGACAUUCUCAGACGAUGGGGCCCGCGCAACACUCAUGCACUGAGGCUGGAAUACCCACACAUGAUCAGUCAUGA